AUGGACGAGUCGGCGCUGGAGCGAUACUUUGACGACUCCAUUGCAAAUGACCCCAGCUUUGUGUUGGGGGAGGAGCCUGAGAAGGCGGGUGCACAGCAGGGGGAGGAGCUGGACCUGAGCUUCCUGCCUGAUGAGCUCACCACACAGGAAGACACAGCUGAAGCAGCAGAAUGUCCAACUGCAGCUGUGGACACGUCUCAGGACAGCGGCGUCUGUCUAGACUACAAUUCCCAGGAUUCCAUAGCUGCUGACUUCCAUAAGGAGGCGUCCACAUCAGGAAUGGGGACAGUCACCUCCUCCUUUUGUCCCAUGACUCCUAUGACCCCCAUGACCCCCAUGACCCCUACGACAGAGAGAUCAGGGAUCAUCCCACAGUUACAGAACAUUGUCUCCACGGUGAACCUGGGUUGUCCUCUGGACCUGAAGUUCAUCGCCCUGCAAGCCAGAAACGCUGAAUACAACCCGAAGCGUUUCGCGGCCGUCAUCAUGAGGAUCCGAGAACCUCGAACCACGGCGCUGAUCUUCAGCUCAGGGAAGAUGGUCUGCACAGGAGCCAAGAGUGAGGAGCAGUCUCGGCUGGCAGCCAGGAAAUACGCCCGGGUGGUGCAGAAGCUCGGUUUCCCUGCUCGCUUCAUGGACUUUAAAAUCCAGAACAUGGUGGCCAGCUGUGACGUGUUCUUCCCCAUCAGGCUGGAAGGACUGGUUCUGACCCACCAGCAGUUCAGCAGUUAUGAACCAGAGCUGUUUCCCGGCCUCAUCUACCGGAUGGUGAAACCUCGCAUCGUCCUGCUCAUCUUUGUUUCUGGGAAAGUGGUUCUGACUGGAGCUAAAGAACGAGCUGAGAUCUACGAAGCGUUUGAGAACAUUUAUCCGAUCCUGAGAGGCUUCAGGAAACAGUGA